CGUGGCAGUUAAAGAGCCUCCCGGGCUGGCGCGGACGCGUGAGGAAGCAGUAGCCAAGCCAGGGAUGCUGCCGCCGGAGUGAAAGCGGCGAGGCGCGCCCGGUGCUGCCCGCCCCAGCUCAACGGUGGCUGAACAGGUACCCAACGGCGGAGGUAGCUACCCGCUCCCGUGAGGCUCUGACAGGCCGAGUCUGAGUCCGAGUCAGCCUGCGGCUGAGGAGAAGCUUGUCGUUAACUUGGGCCCCGAGUCCGCGGGGAGCGCGGUGCCUCUGCUGGCGUUCGCGGCUCGCCGGGCGGGCUCCGCCAGGCGGCUGCUUUCACGGGGAACCGGCGACGGAGCUGAGCGGGCAAGGCUGUGAGUUUCUCGCUGCGGCUCCGACAAGCGGGCAAGGCUGUGCAGCUCUGUGCUAUGGGAGAUGCAAAAGAAACUAAAAUGCAAAUAACACCAAAGACUCCAGGACGGGCUGCUGUCCUAAACCCCUUUGAAAGUCCAAGUGAUUACUAUAGUCUACAGGAGCAGAUUGUUUCCAGUCCUUCCGUCUUUAAAUCAACAAAAUCCUCAUCAACUCCAGGAAAAUUUAGGUGGUCUAUUGAUCAACUUGCUCUAAUAAAUCCUGUUGAAAUUGACUCUGAAGAUAUUCGGCGUCAGGCAAUGUAUUUAAGUCAUGCCAGAAUAGAUAAAGAGAUGGAAGACAAAAGACAGAGAGCCAUUGAAGAGUUUUUCACCAAAAGUCUUAUCGUUCCCUCUCCUUGGACUGAUCAUGAAGGGAAGCAAGUUUCCCAGUUUCAUUCCACUAAAUGUAUAGAUUUAAAUAACAUUUCACCGAUUGGAAGACAGCUAACUGUGCAACCUGGAAAAAGCAAUGCUGCUUGUCAGACAGUAUUGUCUUUGCCUGUGGAUUUUAACUUAGAAAAAAUAUUAGGUGAAUAUUUUAGAACAGAAGAAUUUGCAGACCAGUCUCAGGAAAGCCUAAGCUCCUCAUCACUGAGAAGAAAGCUGUUUUUAGAUGAGAAUGGAAGUGUAUCUGAGUGUUUGUCUCUUUCUCCACAAAGCCCUUGUAAUAAUCCACCAGCAUCACUUGGAGUGCUAUGUUCAAUAGAUAUUUCUCCAGCCCGGUGCAGAAGCCCUGUGGAAACAUCUAGUUCAGGUCAGUUUUCCUCCAGUCCUAUUCAGGGAGGUACAAGGGCAUACAGUCUGGGAAGCAUUACCAGUCCCACGUUUCCAGAGAGGUCCCCUGCAAAUAUUGCUUCCCCUACUUUUUCUCCAAUUGCUUUUCAGAUAAGGAAGACACCAUUGUCAGAACAAAGAAAGUUGACUUUUCGUUCUCCGGAUGUUCCGUCUGCACCAGUCUCAAACAGAAUGACACCCCCAAGUACUAGAAGUCCUUAUAUAGAUGGCUGUUCUCCAAUUAAAAAUUGCUCUCCUAUGAGACUUGGAGCAUGCAGAGGGACUGCACAAUAUCAAACUUCCCUUAUUAGGAUACCAUUUACCCUUGAAAAUCACAACGAAGAGGCAGAAGACAAAGAGAAUGCCCUACCUGCAGAAGUUCUGUUACCACAGAUGGACACUGGAGUAAAUUUACAGCAGCAGGAUGGUGAUACUUUUGCACACGGUACACAUCUAGUUGUGGCAACUGUAUCUAUUUCACCAGAUCACUCUGAAGCUUGUGAACAAGGACUGGCAUCAUUGCAGGAUAUAGAAGGUUUAAAAGAAAAUAAUACUGUUGAUAUGGUUGAUACAGUUGAGGUGUCAGAUGAGAACACUUGGGUUAAGGAAUGUGUUGGUAAUAGCAGUAUGCCAAUGACCAGCUUCAUGACAGGAAUUACUUUCAGUAUUGAAAGCUCUCACAUGUGCAUAUCACCUCUUGCGGAAAGCAGUGUAAUUCCUUGUGACAGCAGUAGUAUUCAGGUGGACAGUGGGUAUAAUACACAGACAUGUGGAAGCAGCAUUAUGGAUACAGUUGGGGCUGAGAACAAUUGCAGAGACAAUAAUGUACAUUCUUAUGAGGCUCAGAACAAAUCUCAGCUUUCCAGAACUAAGGAGUUUCCUGUUUUAAACCAUAAAGACAAUCAGCUGUUGAGGGCAAAGUCUCCAGAGAUUCAACCAUGUUUCCAUAAAGUAAAAACAUACAAUACAUUAUUCAGCCAAAAUGCAACUUGCAACUUUUCUACUUGGAAACAUACCAACGAACAUCAGAUUCAGGGAUUACACAAAAAUGUAAGGACAAACAGUCCCAAGAUAUUGGAUGGAGAGUCUGCCUGUCAUUCUAUGCAAUAACCUGAAGAAAUGCCUCUAUCCAAGUGAUUAGACCAAGACUGACAAGUAGCCUUUGGCACAUAUGACUUUUGCAAAUGGAAUCAGUUGUGUCUCAAUUGCAUUUUGAACUACAUUUUGAACACUUUUUGAAGAUAAAAUGUGAGAACGAUUUGUAUGGCACUUAAAAAACAAGUCAUCUGAAUUGUUACUUGAAAGGCAAAAUAGCUUGUGAAAUUUUGUCAAAUCACAAACCUCUGUAUGUUUGUUAUCCUUACCUCAGCAAUGACCACUCUGGAGAAAAUGUACAUUGAAAUUAACAGGGAGACUUCUAUAUCACUAAUAAAAUAUUAUUAAUUUUCUGUUUCUUCAAACUUAAGUAUUGUAAAAAAAAAUCGAAAUUUGUGAUUCAUUUAAAAUGUGUAAUCAACAAAUUAACAUACUUUUCUGAGGUGCUUUUUUUGUUUGGUUGGUUUUUUUACAUUUUUAAACUUUGUCCUUCUUUACCUGUCAGUUUAAGGUUCUUGGCAUAAAUAAAGGUUGGUCCCUGCCAUAGUCUCUAUGCCAAGGAGGAUAAGUCACACUUCAUUAUUUAAUUGUGAUGAUAAACCCUUGAAAUAGGAGAUAUAACUAUCAACUAGGUUUGGCACUACGUUUCUGUAUUGUGUCUUAGGUCCACUUGAAUAAUACAGGGAUUAAAAAUUUACAGUGCAUUUAUGUCCUGAACUGUAUACUUAGGUGUGAUCUCACAAACCAUCAGGGUUAUAAAAAUAUCUUUAUACCAUUAGAAGCUGAACAUGCUGCUUUCUAAUGGUGUGCAAAGCAUUCUGUUCUCUGGCAUGUCAUGAGAUCAGAAAUUUAAAACAACAUUGUUUCCCCAUUUCUGCUUCCUGCUUGUAUUGGCAUGAUUUUAGUAGCCACUAUCUAGCAAAACAGAUAAUUUAAUGCUUUAUGCCAUUUGAAAGCAAGGAUUUCAGACUUCCAGAGGGUAAUAAGGAAUGUUUGGGGUUUUAUAUUUUUAUGAUAACCAAUAUAUAAUGGAUGCUAAUAUUAUGCCAAUGUAAGGUGGGGGGAAGAAGAGGGAAAGCAAUAUGGUAAUCAGAAUUUUAUGUGAAUGUAAGGUUGGAUCUUGUGAGCUGAUUAUGCUAGAAGCACAUUGGUAGACCAGUACAAGUAUUUCUAAGACAAUACAUUUUUUUCCAAAGAAUUUGCCCUGUACCAGUAAUGAAAAUGAUCCCUGUAGUAUCAGUGGAACUUCUGGACUCUUCUGGUUGAAAUGUGAGAUUAAAUGUGGUUUAUCAUUUUAAAAUUAAAUUUUAGUUGGAUUCUUCAGAGCUGCAUGUUCAAUGAUCAGAGUUUUCAAAUUAGUCACAAAUAAUAAAGUAAUCACUAAAAUUGUUUAAUUGUUCCCUGUGUAAAAUAAGCUUUUUCAUAGGUAAGGCAAAAAAUGAAUAGCACAACUGGAUGAAUGUGAAAAUAGUGAAUUGUAUAAAAGUUUUUGUAUGUAUUGUCUAUCCUCUUUUCUCUCUCCAAAUAGAGUGUGCCAAGAAGCAACCAACUAUUUAUUUUGACUUAAGAAAAACAUUUUUAAUUAUGUUUAGAAAACCUACUGUACUAAUGAACUACAGUGCCCUUUUGACCAUCACAUUUAUCUAGUUUUACUUAAUUCAUCAGUUGGCACAUAUUGCACAAAAUGGUCACUGUUUACAUUUAAAGAAAACAAUUUAUAUUGUUUUAACAAGGGUUUUUUAUAUUGAAAAUUAUUGUAUAAUUUUAAGCGAUUUAAUGUAAUAAAGACUGAUUGUUUCUCCCUCACA